AUGUCUUCCACAGCCGCCAGCCGCACCUGCAACACACCCGAGCUCCUCGAGAUGAUCUUGAUGGAGUGUACCACUGUCGAUGUCACUCGAGCUCGUCAAGUCAACUCAUUCUUCAAGGGUCUUAUCGACGACUCGCUUGGGCUUCGCCGGGUGAUGUUCCUCGAGCCAACAGUCGGGCCAGAAGUCCAGCAACCAGUUCAGCAGCCACCAGCCGAGCUCACGGAGCAAGCGGAGCUCCCCGAUUGGAAUUUCCCUCAUGCCGUGGACUGCCCUUGCUGUGAUGUGAUCAUUCACCCCUUCUUCGGAACUACAGUACUGGGUGAAGUCAUCCUGAACAGUAACGCGGAAAUGAUUGCUCAGAGUCACGAAUACAACAUGCGAGAUAUGAUGGCCUGGCCACGCGGACCUUGGGAGAAGAUGCUCAUUGUCAAAUCACCCCGCGAAUCUGUCACGGUCCGUUACCACAUGCUGAGACCCGGGUUCGGAGGCAUGCUGGAUUGGAAUGCUACGAUGGGAGAUUUGCGCCGGGCGACGAGCCGUGAGGGAUAUCCAUUCGGCAUAACAGAUGUCUUCGCAGAGCUUGAGAUUGUGGAUAUGCGGCAGAAGCCGCUACGCUGGGCGGGUAACAUCUUUAGCUGA